UAAGCCGUGGCGCGCCCUAUGGAGUCGCUCCUGCAGCACCUGGAGCGCUUCUCGGAGGUGCUGGCCGUCUCCCGCACGCCGCACGUCAGCACCUGGGACCCCGCGACCGUGCGCAGGGCCCUGCAGUGGGCUCGCUACCUGCGCCACGUCCACAGGCGCUUUGGCCGCCAUGCCCGCAUUCGCAUGGCUCUGGAGCGGCGGCUGCAGAAGCAGUGGAGGCAGGAGGGCGGCUCUGGGCCGGCGGCGGCCCCGGGGCUGACGAACUUCCAGGCCUUGGGGCGCUGCGACGUCCUGCUGUCCCUGCGCCUGCUGCAGAACCGGGCCCUCGGGGAGGCCGCCUGCCACUCCCUGCUGCAGCAGCUCUUUCCCGGCCCCGGCGUCCCGGGCGCCGACGAGGACACGCUGCAAGGCCGCCUGGCCCGCCUGGCCCGCCGCCGGUCGGCCGUCCACAUGCUGCGCCUCUGCGGCUCCAGGGAGAGCCCGGUCCUGCAGGAGGACGCCCUGAUGAAGACGCAGGCGGAGCUGCUGCUGGCGCGCCUGCGGGAGGAAGGCCGGGCCGCGGCCGCGGGCCCCGGCGGGCUGCUCAGCAGCCUGUGGGAGCGCGUGCCCCACGACAACUUCCUGAAGGUGGUGGCGGCCGCGCUGCUGCUGCCGCCGUCGAGCCCCCGGCCCCGGGGAGAGGAGCUGGAGCCCGGCACCCCCAGCACGGCCGGAGAGGGGCGUCCCGAGCUGGUCCGCUGGCUUCUGGGCAGGUCGGACAUCAUGGCCGCCUUCUGCCGCCGCCUCCCCGCCGGCGUGUUAGCUUCCGUGGCAGGCCGCCACCCGGAGCUCUCCCGGGGCUACCUGGGCCUCCUCACGGACUGGGGGCGCCAGCUGCGCUACGACCUGCAGCAGGGCGUCUGGGUUGGAGCAGAGCCCCAAGGCGUGCCCUGGGAGGAGUUGUACGGCAGGUUUCAAAGCCUCUGUCGGGCCCCUCCUCCUCUGAAGGAUGAAGUCCUAACUGCGCUGGAGUCCUGGAAGGCCCAGGAUGGAGGUUUCCAAGUCCGUGGUCUCAGCGUGUGGACAGACCUGUUGUUAGCUCUUGGGAGUGGUACAUGACAUUGCAUUUGGGAAACGACGAGUUUUAGGUCUCCGCCCAGGCCCCAGUUCCCUAUGGGCCACGUUCUGUUAUUGAUUAUUCGAAUAUACGGUUUACAAAAUUAAAAUUCCGGUGUUCUCACCA